GACGAGACAUAUUAAGAAUCGGAAUCGGAAUUGGAAUCGCAGAACCAUGAAGACGAGUUUGCUGCUAACUUUUGUGAUGAUGAUGCUGGGAGUGACAUUGAGAUUGGUGCUGGCCGGCGCAGAUCAUGGUUAUACGUAUGUUCAACCUUUGGGUGAGCAGCUGGACGAAAUCCAAAGGGACACUCUUCCCAGGAAACACCGUGUGAGGCCACGUGGCUACCCAGAGUUUUCCUACCAAAAUUGUGGAGACCCGGAUGAGGUGGAUUACGCCGCUGCUCUGGCCACCUACCAUGCCAAUCGCCCCCAACUGCGUCGUAUUUACAACCACCAGGAAGUCCAGGUGGACAGCUCGUUCUUUGAGCCCUCGCUGCAGAGGAUCAAGGAACUCAAGCGGAUCCUGUUGGAUCAGCAAUAA